AGGAAUACCUUUGCGAAAAUGCUGAAUUUCUCUCGAGAGUUGAGAACGACUGAACGAGGGAUGGUGUUCACUGUGGAUGAAUGCAACUAUGCAAAGGUGUUAACUUUAUAGCAUAGCUGUUAGAGGAGUUAACAGUAAUUUGACGACGGACAAAUCUGACCUUGUUGAGUGUCAGAACUCAGAACCCAACUCAGAACUCUCUUACCCAAGCUGUUGUGUUCCCUAGGGACCAUUUACCCUUUCUAAGAUUCGCUUGCGCAUGUCCAUGUCCAAUCUCUAUUCAUCUCUAUGUCAAGGUGGGUAAAGUACUGUUUCCCGCCAAAACAAAGGUGCUUGCUUCUUCCCAACCUUUACCUUGUCCUUAUUAGCCUGCCCUCCUUUGCCGCCGCAUUCUAAACAAAGAGACAGAACCCAAAGAGAUGACGGGGACAUCCAAAGUGAUAAUGGGUGCAACCUUGGUUAUGGUUGUUAUCCUUGCCGUUGUGCUUUCCCUUAUACUUGUCCUCCUUGCUGAGCUCUAUUGUUCUCUCUUACUCCGCCGGCGCCACCACAGAAAAACCGACUCCAACGCCAUCCCCAUCGCCGCCACCCAAACAACCACCACCACAGACAAUGCUGCUUCAGCUUCACACCCACAACACCACCUUCCUCCACCACCUCCACCUCCGCCUCCAGCUCCUCAUUUCAGGAGCAUUUAUGCUCAGGGAGUUCUCCAAGCCCCAAGUAGCUUCCUUUUACCAGCAGUUGUUGUUGGUUGCGAUGAUCAAGACAUAGUUGGACCAAAGAAGCUUCAUUCUGUGCUUCAAAUCCAAACCCAAGAACCCAAUGCGAGCCCUCCUCAAGUUGGAGCUCUCUCUUCAUCUUCUUCAUUCAUAUCGAAACCACCACAAAAGGCAAACCAAGAAGACCCACUUGAAGAUGGGGAACCCCACCUUGUGUACAUUUCAAAUCCCAUUUAUGAGACAAGCGGGGCAGACACCCCAUUUGAGACACCAGAGAGCUCACCAUCGCAUUUAGAGAGAAAUGGAACCGGUUCUUCUGAGGAAGACGAUGAAGCAGCUCCUCCAUAUACACCACCUUUGACCCCAAUGAAGAAGCUCCCUCCACAAUGA